AUGGAGUCGGCACAUCAGAAGGAAGGGAACAUUGAAGGGUGGAUCAAGGAUGGAGAGCACUCAGGACUUUCAAGCCUGGAAGACCUGAAAAAUGAGAUUGAGAAGAGGCAGGCAAAAAACGCCACCAAACUCUCGGAGAUUUCCCAGCUGGACACCCCGACACAAGGGCAAGAAGAGAAGAAUCGGCAAUCGGAUGUGAAAAGCACCAUCAGCAGGUGUGGGAAAGUGACUUUCCAGUUGCCAACAGACGUUUCUCCGGAGUCGGAAGAAAGAGUCUGUCACUUCUCGUGGAGGAACAGCGCUCUGAAGGAAACUCUGAAGAAGCUACAAGCCAUCGUGACCUUGGACCCCGACACGGCUCACCCCGACCUCAUCCUCUCCGAGGACCGUAAGAGCGUGAGACGCGGGGAAAGACGACGGGACCUGCCAAAUAACCCGGAGCGAUUUGACUACUGGCCCUUCGUGUGA